UCUCAGCGUCAUCUUCUUCCUCCUCUCACUCUCAACGCCUCUCCUACAAGAACAAAGACAAUGGCUUCCUGUUCCAUCCCUCUUCUCAAUCUCUCCACCAAACCCGCCAUUAAAGCCGCACUAAUCCCUCACUACUCCGCCAUCAAAUCUCGCCACUGUUUUUCUCUCCCCCUUCUUCCCUCCAAACCCGCAAAAUCUCCCGCCAUUCGCAUGUCCUACAACCCUACUCCGGCCACCGACCGCCUCAUCUCCGCCGUCGCCUACACUCUCCCCUUCUUCAACUCCCUCCAGUACGGUCGCUUCCUCUUCGCUCAGUACCCGGUUCUCGGCCUCGCCUUCGAGCCGCUGCUCCCGAUUCUAGGGCUUUAUCGCUCGAUCCCGCACUCGAGCUUCAUCGCCUUCUUCGCCUUCUACUUGGGCGUGGUCCGUAACCCUAGCUUCAGUCGCUACGCGAGGUUCAAUUCGAUGCAGGCAUUGACUCUGGACGUACUGCUGGUGGUGCCGUUGUUGGUACAGAGGAUUCUGAGUCCCGGUCAAAGCGGAUUAGGGUUCCAUAUCAUGGCUUGGAGCCAUAAUGGAUUGUUUGUUUUCAGCGUUUUGUGCUUUCUUUAUAGUGUGGUUUCCUGCAUUCUGGGUCGAACCCCUCACCUACCCAUUGUUGCUGAUGCUGCUGGCAGGCAGGUUUAACUUCAGGUUUGUUCAUCAACCUUUUCUCUCUCUUGUUUUGGGGAAUUUUUGGAUUGAGGAGUUCGUAAUGUAGGGUUUUGAUUUUUCUCCAAAAUUAAUGAAGUUCUGAAAGUUUUGGGAGAAAUCUGAAUCCAAUCAAUGGAAGAUUUAUAAGAAACGAAUUGAAAAGUUUAUUUUGAUUGUGCAUUUCUGAUUACAAGA